AUGGUCCAUAAAAAUCGUUCAUCUCGCAAAUCAUGCCCCGUCAAGGAUGUCAGUCCAUUACGCAACUCUCUGACUGUAUCGGCUAACAAGUAUGAGUUGUCCUCUAGUCCUCGCAUUGGCUACGCUCUGGAGGUGCCCAGCCGCAAUGUGGUUCAAGCAACCUCGCCUUUGAGUGCCUGGCACUACAACAACAUGGUCAAGAAUAACCGCGAGCAAUUCAAUAGCCUCCACUUCUGUUAAAGAAAAGAGGCUUGGAAAGCUCUCACCACGUUGUAAUGCCUCAAAGCAGACAGCUGGACAAUCAAAUCAAAAUUUGGUGAUUAAGAAAAAAAGCAAAAAAAAAAAAUAAAAUUCCAUUUUCAUUGAAUUCAUAAAAAAUUCAUAAGAAAGCAAAGAAACAUGGCCAAACCAGA